AUGAGCUUCCUGCAGGACCCUUUGAUAGAAUGGCGGACGUCUUUGUCGCGUCACCAGCAGCAGCAGCAGCAGCAACAGCAGCAGCAGCGAAACGAAGCAGCAGCAACAAAGAUAGGAGAGAGAAAAGCGUUUGCAUGCAUCGUUGCAAUACAAAAAAAACUUCAGGGCUGUAUUUCUGUGCUACCCCCUGGGGCAUUUGAGGAGUCUGUACACCUUAGCCAGCAGCAGCAGCAGCAGCAGCAGCAGCAGCGGCGACAGCAGCGGGGGCAGACAGAGGACGGCAACAGCAGCAGCGAAGAGUCCUUUGUAGAGUCUGAGGGAGAGGAGCCCAGCAUACCGGGUGCAGCAGGUGCUGCUGCUGUUGCUGCUGCUGCUGCAGCGCAAAGCAGCAGCGGCACACUUGGGGUGUAUGCGCAGGUAGCAGCACUCAUACGAUCUGCUUCAUCAGAAGAAAACCUUUCGCAAAUACGCAGUAGGCGCUGUUAA